CUUUUGUUAUCAUAUUCAGGAUAUAUAUUGUAUAGCCUUUAAUAAAAAAGUUUUUUUUUUUUUUUACAUAAAUAAAUAAAAUUGCAAAGGAUAGCAUUUGCUCUUCUAUUGUUAUCAUCACAGAUAUUCACACUCAUAUAACUCUCAAUCAUCGAAGGAGCCCUCUGAAUUUCGCACUAAUUUCAAGAGGAUGAAUUGAUAUCUCCAUGCAUGUGCAAAGGGACCCAACAAUUUGUCCACCGUUCAUGUCUUGAUCACUGGCGCUCGGUAAAGGAAGGAUUUGCCUUCUCUCACUGCACUACUUGCAAAGCCCAAUAUCAUCUCAGGGUUGAAUUGUUUGAGGACAAUUCUUGGCGUAAAGCAAAGUUUAGACUCUUUGUUGCAAGAGAUGUUUUCCUUGUUUUUCUGGCUGUACAGACCGUAAUUGCGGGUAUAGGUGGCUUUGCAUACAUCAUGGACAAGGAUGGGAACUUCAGGAACUCCUUUGAUGAUGGUUGGGAUAGGAUACUGUCAAAACAUCCUAUACCAUUCUAUUAUUGUAUUGGAGUGCUGGCUUUCUUUGUACUGAUCGGGUUUUUCGGUCUCAUACUGCAUUGCACCUCCCUCAACAGCAAUGACCCCAGAAUGGCUGGUUGUCAGAAUUGUUGUUAUGGAUGGGGCAUCCUUGAUUGCUUUCCUGCAUCAAUGGAGGCUUGUUUUGCCCUUGUUGUGGUUUUCGUAGUCAUCUUUGCUAUUCUCGGCAUUGCUUAUGGUUUCCUUGCAGCCACCAUGGCAAUCCAAAGAAUUUGGCAAAGGCACUACCAUAUUCUCACCAAAAGGGAGCUUACAAAGGAAUACGUAGUAGAGGAUCUAUGUGGGACUUAUGUCCCACCAAAGUUGGAUCCAGAACAUGAAGCUCGCUUGAAAAUGCUCAAGCUUUUGUAAAUCACGGUGCACAAACCUGUAAAGAUGAUUUUUUUAAGUAUUGAGUUGCUUUAUUAUACGGUAACAUUCUCUUAUGAUUACCAACCUUGCUUGCCAGAGCUUGGAUUGGUUUAUGUGCUCUUUUGUUUCUUUUUUCAUAAAUCUUUUUAUCUGGGCCUUCACCAAAUUCUGUAUACUGAAAAUAUGAGUCCUGAGAGAAAUGAGGAAAAUACAAAUAUAUGCAUUUGUUUA